GAGGCUGCCCUCUAUGGGAAAACGGAAGUAGUACAAUUAUUGCUUGAUGCUGGGAUUGAUGUGAACAUCCGCAACACCUACAAUCAAACAGCCCUGGACAUUGUGAACCAGUUCACCACUUCACAUGCCAGCAAAGAAAUCAAACAACUCCUUAGAAAUGGUGUAGGCUAUGAGAAGAUUGCCAAGAUCCUGAAACUGAGCUGCAGCACGGUCUUAGAGCAGCAUAUGGAUGGACGUUGGAAAGGACACAUCCAUGACUGUCAGAGAGGCACUGACCGUGUGGGAUUCUUCCCUCCCUCCAUCGUGGAGGUCAUUAGUCGCAGAUCAGGGGGUGUUCUCUCCCGGCAGGCCUCACUACCCAUCCAGAGACAUCACAUUCUGUCCAGAGCCCUGUCCUCACACAGUUCUCAUCACACCUCUCACACUGACGACUCCUACACCUUAUAUUCAUCCACCCGUCCUGUACUGACUCACCACAAUGGGCUGGAUCAGCACCCAGGUGCGAUUCCCGACAGUCCCAGUGCCCUGUGUAAGCCAGCUAGUCCCAAAGAGCCAGAGGAUAUUUGGGUCCUCAGGACCUCUCUUAAUGCAGGUGACAGGAACAGUGUGGGCAGUGCAGGCAGCAUGGGCAGCAGUCGCAGUGCAGGCAGUGGACAGAGCACUGAGGGAAACUUUCCACACAAUGGACCCAAUCAGUCACCUUCUGCUGUCCAGGACACCACCAAGGUGGGCUUCAGCAAUAGCAGAGUCCUUGACCAACAGAAAUGUGUGUGUGCUUUAGGUGCUCUUGGACGGAGGAUUCCACUGAGCAGCUCCAGACCUGGAGAACAACAUGUCAUACACCCACAGCAACUUCUGGAUGGCAAGGAUGCUGAGGCUAUUUACCAGUGGCUCUGUGAGUUUCAGCUUGAGCAGUACACAUCUAAUUUCCUCACAGCUGGCUAUGAUGUGCCCACAAUCAGCAGAAUGACCCCUGAGGAUCUCACUGCUAUUGGCGUUACAAAGCCUGGCCACCGCAAGAAGAUCUCCAUGGAGAUCGGCAACAUGAAUAUCCCAGAGUGGUUGCCAGAUUACAUUCCAUCUGAAAUUGGGAAAUGGCUCAGUGCUAUUGGGCUGCCACAAUACCAGAAAAAGCUAGCAGAGAAUGGAUAUGACUCAAUCAACAUAGUGCAGGAUAUCACAUGGGAGGAUCUACAGGAAAUUGGCAUCACUAAGCUGGGCCAUCAGAAGAAGCUGAUGCUUGCUGUUAAGAAGCUCAGUGACGUCCAGAAGGCACGUAAGAACCAGGCCGAGGGGCAGGCAUUGCUACAGCGCAGGAGAGCUCCUCCCACCCUCGAGCUGGUGGCCAUCGAGCAUAUCGACAGCUCCGAAUGCCCCUCAUCACCUCUAUCACCAAAGAUGCUCACCUUCCAGGACAGUGAGCUGAGCGUUGAGCUACAGAAUGCCAUGGCUCGCAGCGGACACGGUGCAGGCCAAGAUGGUUUCGUAAACAUGAGUGGAACAUCCAUGCGUCUUAGUCAAGAAAGCAUCGGUACACGGUCAGGAGGGUCAGGACGGUCGCAAGAACGUCCAAUGGCAUCGGUAACACCCAACAGCCGCUCACAAGAGAGCCUAGGCAGUAUGGACAACAGUCCCAGCAAGGAAUCUCAGGAUAGAAGCCAAAUAUCACCUGUAAAAAUGGCACCAGUGUUGCCGCUACAGCAUCAUCACCCCUCAUCUGGCAGUCCAGUAAGGACGCCACCCAUAACUACUAGUAAAAUAGCACGUUUCGCAUAUCCACCCGUCCUCACCAAACCUAGACCGGUGGUUUCUCCCUCUCAGCCCCAUCAUGGAUCACCUCAUCAGAGGGGCUUCAACUACCUGCAGCAUCAAAACUGCUAUGCCAACAUGGGAAGCCCAAGUCCAAUCAGAGCCCCGCAGCCAAACGGGGACCCAUCCCGGUCCAAAAAGCGCACUCAGAGUCUUUCACGCUAUGCUAUGUCGGAUGGAGAGAAUGAAGAAGAUGACAUCUCAGCCCCUAUGACAACAACCACCAAUGUGGCGUCUUAUGCCACACUCACUCGCAAGCCCGGCCGCAGCCAACCCUCUUACAGUUCCAGUGAGCGCCAAGUGGGCCGCAGUCAUUCCUUCGCCAUACGUGCCAAGAGGAAAGGUCCUCCUCCUCCCCCUCCAAAGCGACUAAGCUCUGCCCCAAGUGGGGCAACUACAAGUGGGGUUGAAAUGGAGAGUGCAGGAAGUGUCAGAAGCAUUGCAGCCAGGCUGGAGAACAAUACAGGAAGCCCCAACAAGGCAUGUAACAGCCUUGUUUUUAAAGCCAUGUCCCCAGCCAUCUCGCCAAAAAAUAUGGAAAACCGUAGGAGGACCACUAGUGAAUCUUCAACGUAUGAAACGAAGCAUGGUGGAGAAAAUCCUGCUGGUAAAAACCUCAGCCCUCUGAGGAACCAACAAAGUUCAACAUCAUCACAGGAGAGCAUACCUUUCGCAGAAGAGGGCAAAGUUACCAUCAAACAAAGGACCAAAAUAGCAUCCGCUAAGAUAGAGUCUGAGGCUGCUGUUGAAAUUCUGAAGUCGGUGCAAUCUAUCAAAUCAUCCCUAGAGGUGCCUGAGUUUAACUUAAAGGAAUCAGACACAGUCAAAAGGAGACACAAGCCAAAAGAACUGCAGAUGAAAGGUCAGGGCAGCAGCAUGCAAAUAGGAAAUGAGAGGGCCGCUGAGACCGAGAUGGUCUCGCAAUGCAUGCAGAAUGGUGGAUUGACAAAAAAUCCUUAUAAAUCUAGUCUCUCUCCGAAACCAGGAUCUCCACAUAAACCUCCCACCCCUUCUAAGCCCACACGCCAUUCUUCUGCAGCAAACUCAGGAGUGACAGUCAGUGUCGUACAGAGCGUGGCCUUUGCCGUCUCACCUCCCUGUAGUCCUCUGGCUCGCUGUCCACCAAACAAAGCAGCUCAAGGUCAGUCUGUACUGGCAGGAAAGCCACAGGCUGUGACGGAAGGCCAGAGCGUGCUGGUCCACAAACGGCUUGAGCAAACCAGCACGUCUCUCGAGGCAGCACUUAAAGUUGUGGAGAGGAAGUUGGCUCAGGAAGAUCCAGCAGACAGGGGCAUUAACACAGUGAAGUCAGCCGGGAACAUUCUUGAUGAUAUAGGGAACAUGUUCGAUGAUCUUGCUGACCAGCUGGAAGCCAUGUUGGAUUGACCUACUGUAAUUCCUACAGGUAUAACCUUCGUGUGGGGCCUUCACAUGGGAGCAUCUGGAUGUUUCAGACAUGCAGUGUCUAACUUCUCACACCUUGUUUACGCACUUCAUUUAAUAUACCAGUUUUAAUGGACCGCAGUGCGUCUGUUGGCUGGAUCGUGCCUCAAAUUUCCGAAAGAUCCACUUGAGAACUUCAACAUAUCUUUUACCAAACUAUUGCUUUCUGCAUCUUCAUCUCGCUCGGACAGGACGUAUCUGCAGUAAAUAUUGCAGAAUGUAAGCACUUACGGUUCAGAUCUACUGUACUAAAGCUCUUUCAACAGAGAUGCUUUAAUUUCCUGUUGUGCUCACAGUUGGCCUCUAGCAAAUGGAUAUACGGUGUAAAAUCAAAGUGAGAUACAACCUGAACUCGGUUUCAAGUGCUCUGAGAUUCAUCACUCUUCAGUUUUGUUUUCUGUAGACUGAAAGAUCCUGUUCAAAAGCAAUAAUACAGCUGAUCAAAAACAUAACCAAGAAAAUGCUUGAUUUAUUAAUGACCCAAACCUCAUGGACCAAGUAUGUUUGACUGUACUGUAACUAUAACUAUU